GGGGACCAUCAGGACCACACUGUGAUUGCCAUGGCGAACCGGACCGAGACAAAAUCUUUGGACCAAACCAACUGUCCCGAGAAGAACCAACGAAGCCCAGCGGCCGCCGUCUCCGCCGCCGCGCUGCUGCAGGCACUGUCGCUUUAAGUGGCGGGGCCAGAGACUCACGAGGCUGAGCCAGAAGGAAAGGGGCGGAGUCAGGAGGAGAAGAGGCGUGGUCAAGAGAACGGGCGAAGCCUUGACGAUAAGAGGACUGGUUCGGACGAUAAUGGGCGGGACACGAGACAGAAGAGGCGUGGCCAUGGUGUUGAAUGGGCGGCGUCUGAUAGAAAGGGGCGUGGCCAGGAGGAGAAGAAGGAAGGCGUGACGGUGAAGCGGACGUGCAGCGACGGGAGGAGGCGCUGGGAUAAGAAACACUACUGCGUGUUCUGCGGCGGCCGCAGGUGAAGAUCGCUCGCCACCUGCUGAGGAAACACGCCGACCAACAGGAAGUGGCGGCCGCCAGCACGCUGCCCACGGGCUCCAAACAACGCCACCUGCUGCUGGAGCACCUGCGCUGCCGCGGAAACUACAUGCACAACAUCGAGGUGAUCAGACAGGGCAGUGGAGAGAUCGUCCCGUGGCGUCAGCCCUCAGAGGAAGUGGAUGCGAGGAACUACCUCCCCUGCCCGCUCUGCCUCGGUUUCUUUCUCCGCGCUGAUCUCUGGAAACAUCAGGCGUCCUGCCGCAAGAAGCUGACCGCUGAUCACUCAAGAGACCCCGCCUCCACAGCAGACACAACCACUGACCCCUCAAGAGACCCCCGCCUCCACAGCAGACACAACCACUGACCCCUCAAGAGACCCCGCCUCCACAGCAGACACAACCACUGACCCCUCAAGAGACCCCACCUCCACAGCAGACACAACCACUGACCCUCAAGAGACUCCGCCUCCACAGCAGACACUACCACUGACCCCUCAAGAGACUCCGCCUCCACAGCAGACACAACCACUGACCCCUGCAGAGACCCCGCCUCCACAGCAGACACAAGGUCUGAUCCCACAGGUAAGUCGGCCUGUGGUCCAGCAGCCAACAGGGCCACAGAGGAUGCACCUUCUGACCCCUUGGGAGAUACAACCGCAACACGCCAGACCGGGACCAAACGGCCAAUGACCUCUGACCACAGGGUGGAUCAGGAAGGGACCUGUGACCCCGGUGGGGCAGAGCUGCCAAGGAAGCGCAGCAGGUCCAGGCUGCAGCGUCCCGCCUCCUUCCCAUUUCCAGCGGAGCGUCUGAGAGCUGCAGCGAAGUCCUGCAUCGCAUGAACCAGGACCACGUGUCACACCAGGUCAAGUCUGAUUGGCUGAUCUGUAAAUAUGGAAACAAGUUGAUGGGGAACCAAGAUGGCAGCCAGAGGAGGUACGACUAUGUCAGUCAGAAGCUGCGGGAGCUCGGCAGGUUUGUCCUCGCUGCUAAAUCUCUGGACUCUGGCGUUCGGACCCUGCAGGACCUUCUGGCUCCGAACCGACUCAGCAUGGUACUGGCCGCUGCCAGAAAGGCUUCAGGAUACCGCUGGAGUCGCCCUCCGCUGGCCGUGAAGACCACCCUGAAGACGGUUUGUGAGAUCGCCAUUGGAGAGAAUCUGCAGGACGGAGACUGGGAGGCUGCAGCCAAGACCACCGACUUCUAUCAUGUGCUGGGGAGGGAGUGGGACAACCUGGGGCUGCUGGACCCCGACCCCCACACAGCCACUUCAGUAGAAGUUAAGCUGAAGAAACGAUUGGUCCACUCAGUAAGUGAGAAGGGUAAAGAGCCGUCUGACCCAAGACCAGAGGUUCCAGCACAAAGUAGUAACCGACCGCUGAAUUCCAUGAUUCAAAUAGAGUCCAGACUGCAGACUCCCAUCACAGUCCCUGCUGCUCCGAGGAAGGUCCGACGUCGGCCCUGGUCGUCUGCAGAGAAGGAGGCAGUCUGGAGACAGUUGGGAGUCCACGUUCUGGUCCAGUCUGUGCCAGGGAAGGAGGUCUGUCAGCGCUGUCUGGACCUGGAGCCGGUCCUCAGAGGGCGACACUGGAAGGACAUCAAGAACCAAGUCCACAACCAGAUCCAGAGUCAAAAGAAGCAGCAGUUCCACGCUCAGAUGGACCUUCAGGACAACCAGGAACCACAAGAGAAAAUCCAAAAUCACAAGAAGCAGUACCAGGCUCAAGUAGACCAACAAGGCACAGACCACAACCAGAAGAAUACCCAGAUGAACCUCCAGGACCAGGACAACAUUCAGAAUCACGAGAAACAACAGUACCAUACCCAGAUGAACCUCCAGGACCAGGACAACAUUCAGAAUCUGAAGAAACAGCAGUUCCAGACCCAGAUGGACCUCCAGGACCAGGACAACAUUCGGAAUCACAAGAAACCGCAGUACCAUACCCAGAUGGACCUCCAGGACCAGGACAACAUUCAGAAUCACAAGAAACAGCAGUACCAUACCCAGAUGGACCUCCAGGAACAGGACAACAUUCAGAAUCACAAGAAACAGCAGUACAAUACCCAGAUGAACCUUCAGGACCAGGACAACAUUCAGAAUCUGAAGAAACAUCAGUACCGCACCAGAUGGACCUCCAGGACCAGGACAACAUUCGGAUUCACAAGAAACAGCAGUACCAGACCCAGAUGGAUCUUGAAAUUCACAAAAAGCAGCUGUGCCUGCGAGAUUAGCUCACCAGGACCAAAUUCAGAUCCAUAA